UUUUAGCCGAGCGCGCAGGAGAAGUGCCCCCACCCCAGCGUACACCCAACCUGUCGGCCUGAGGAGGGGCACCUGAACCAGACGAAGCAGAAUGUACCAGGGACACAUGCAGGCAGUAGGUGAAACCUUGAAGAAAAAGUGGCUCUGUCUUCAAAAAAGUGACCUGACCUUUGCUUUGGGGAAAGGCUCUAGGGCGGCAGAUAAGGCUGUUGCCAUGGUGAUGAAGGAGAUUCCGAGGGAGGAGUCUGCAGAAGAAAAGCCCCUCCUUACUAUGACAUCACAGCUGGUGAACGAGCAACAAGAAAGCAGACCCCUUCUGAGCCCCUCCAUUGACGACUUUCUCUGUGAAACUAAACCAGAAGCUGUUGCAAGGCCUGUAACUUCAAAUACUGCAGUAUUAUCAGCAGGUCUGGAUCUCUUGGAUCUUAGUGAACCUGUCUUACAAUCCCAAAACAAAGUAAAGAAAUCAGAGACUCCAUCAAGAAGCGAAGGCUUAAAAGCUUCAGCCCACAGAAAGAAGACAGACAAUUCUGACCUUAUCAGUGUGGAUACUGAGCAGAAAGCCCAGACUGUCAGAGUUUCAGACAAGUCUUCACUAGAUUUAGUGGAUAUUCAGACACAGCUUGAGAAAUGGGAUGACGUCAAUUUUCAUGGAGAAAGGAGUAGCAAGGUCCACCCUUCUGCAGAGCGAACAUCAGCAUCAUCCAGAGCUCCAUCAAAAGAGCUUUUAUGGUCCACAGAAAACAGAUCCCAGUCGGAGCUGGCUAACGUCAAGAGUGCCUUGGACUCUGAUUCAACCUCAGAAUUAGAACUUGCACCUGCAACACAGGCACGAUCAGCUAAGGAGCAGCGUUGGGGAGCGCCCCUUCUCUCCAGAAAUCACUCCUUGGAGGAGGAAUUUGAGAGGGCGAAGGCAGCUGUUGAGUCAGACACAGAGUUUUGGGAUAAAAUGCAAGCAGAAUGGGAAGAAAUGGCUCGCAGAAACUGGAUUUCAGAGAACCAGGAAGCACCAGGGCAAGUCACCAUCUCAACCAUUGAGAAGGGUUAUUAUUUCCAUACGGAGAAUCCCUUCAAAGACUGGCCGGGUGCCUUUGAGGAAGGACUGAAAAAAAUGAAAGAGGGGGACCUGCCAGUUACAAUCUUAUACCUGGAGGCUGCUAUUCUACAAGAGCCCAAUGAUGCUGAGGCCUGGCAGUUCCUGGGUAUAACGCAGGCGGAGAAUGAGAACGAGCAGGCAGCCAUUGUCGCCCUCCAAAGGUGCUUGGAACUGCAGCCAAACAACCUGAAGGCUCUGAUGGCCCUGGCUGUGAGUUACACCAACACUGGCCACCAGCAGGAAGCCUAUCAAGCUCUAAGGAACUGGAUAAAGCAAAAUCCAAAGUACAAGUAUAUAGCCAGAAGCAAAAAAGGGUCCCCAGCACUUACCAGGAGAAUGUCUAAGACGUCAGAUGAAAGCUCGUUACUUGAAGAAGUGAAGGAUUUGUACCUGGAGGCUGCUCACCAGAAUGGUGAUAUGAUAGACCCUGACUUGCAGACAGGACUUGGAGUUCUUUUCCACCUGAACGGAGAAUUUAACAGAGCAAUAGAUGCAUUUAGUGCUGCUUUAACUGUUCGACCAGAGGACUAUACCCUAUGGAACCGUCUGGGAGCAACCUUGGCAAACGGGGAUCGGAGCGAGGAAGCUGUGGAGGCGUACACGCGUGCUUUGGAGAUCCAGCCUGGCUUCAUCCGGUCCAGAUACAAUUUAGGGAUAAGCUGCAUCAACCUAGGGGCAUACAGAGAGGCCGUCAGCAAUUUUCUCACUGCUCUCAGCUUGCAGCGGAAGAGCAGGAAUCAACAACAGGUUCCCCAUCCUGCUCUCUCAGGCAAUAUUUGGGCAGCCCUUCGAAUUGCUCUGUCUAUGAUGGACCAGCCAGAACUAUUCCAAGCUGCCAACGUGGGUGAUCUAGACAUUCUGUUAAGAGCUUUUAAUCUAGAGCCGUAAUAAAAAGUAUCCGCGCAUUGAUUAAAUUGUACUAGGAAACAGAGAACUCUUUUAUUACUCAUCUCAAAGUGACCACCUUUUCCAAAAGAUCAUGGCUGUAGAUCAGUAGGGGGAUUCUCUCAGACAUUAUUCCAGAAGGAAAAGUUCAAAAGCACAAGAUAUUGUAUAUAAAGUCAAAUUCCAAGGACUGAAAUGAGCUGCGGCUAAUCUGACAAAGCCCUGGACUAGAUGAAAUAGCUGUUUAUGAAGAAUCUUCAUCCCAUGCAAGCUAUAUCUCUCUAUAUACACAGCUAUACAAAGGAAAAUAUAUUAAGAACAAACCUAGGUAAUUAUAAUUGCACAUUCAAACGGCAAGCGAUGCAUCCAAGGAACCUGCUUCGGAGCUCAUCGCACUACGCUGACAUCCCUUUGCCCUACAACGGGGAUUCCCCAUCCUUUGGUUUCUUUGUUGAAAAGUCUUCUCAAGGUCCAUUUUUUAACAAAGCUCUGAAAAUAGCUGCAUGUCAAACAAACAGAUGCAUUUUGGUUUGAAUAUAUUUAUUAGUUGGCGGUCCGGAAAAUUUUUUUGCUUCCGAAAUGUACCUCGAAUUACUUGGGCCCGAUUCUGCAGGCGCACGGGGUUGUAAACCAUGGGCAACGUUAAGAGGAAGGUUGUCCAUCCAGGGAGGUCUUUGGAAUCAGGCCACAUCCAUCCGGGAUGGCCAGGAGCUGCCAGCAGAAGCAGGGAUUUGCACUAGGAUCGUUGCUGUUUAAACCAACCAUGCUUGAUCUCAGACAGAGCACAUCUGCUUCAAAGGAGCUCGCAACAGCAUCUGCACCGAUCUAUGUACUUCUGCACUUUAACCUUUCUUUGUGUAAAAUAGUGCUAUGCUUUUAUUUUGGUUACGAAGGAAGGAAUGUACAGGAUAGGCCUUGUUGGCAUAGAGGACCAAAUAUCAUUUCCUGAGAUGCGAUGAGAGGGGCUUCGAUAUUCUUAUGUUUAAAAAAAUGCAAAUAGAGUAUAAACUGCAAUAUCUAUUAGAGAGAUGAUUCUAUUAUGCAUCCGUCAGGUACUACACACACCCACGCAUGUGCAUGCACAUACAUGUUGUAUGUGAAUGGUGUCAUUUCAGAACAUAACAAGCCACAGAUCUUUAUUGCAACUAAAGAAAAGUUUUCAUAGGAGCUAAUGCCCUCAGACCAUGCUCGAGGGAAAAUCUUCCCCAGAAACCAUGGUCUAUAUAAUGCUUGUAGGAUUGAGACUAAAUUUGAUCCUGCUGUUACAGGAGGCAGCAGCAAAAGCCUCAGUGACCUCCAUGAUAUCAGACUAAAUCCUUAGAUAACAUCACUGUUUGUAGCUGCUUAAAAAUGUGUGUGCAUAUACAUAUUUUUAUAUAUAUAUAUAUACACACCCCAUCUUAAUUUGCCCUGAUUGGAUGACUGGAGAACAGCACUGGGGGCAGGACACUGCCACACGGUGAAGGGAUUGAUUCAGCCACAGGCAAACACAUUUAGUUCAAGGUGAACGUGUCAAUCAAAGACAGGAAUAGAAAUUUUUAAGGAGGCAGUUUUCAGUUGCUGGCAUUUUUAAUAUUUCUCCUAAAUGGUGAAAGAUAAAAAUGUGAUUAGAUGCCUACUGUGUUGAUCUGUGGUCAGGAAUUCAAUGUGCAAGGCAGCUAUUUGAAUGUGUUAAAGUGGGACAAAUAUCACAUUUCCUAUAAACAGCGUUAAAAGAAAAAUCCAGCUCAAGCAGCUGGAUAUAAAAACCCCAUUCAACUGCAGAGAUCACGGAGAGAGCAGCUCUGUGGGAACUGGGCAGUUUCACCAGGACAAACCUGCAGCUUCUUGCAGCUGUCUGUUAUUUUGAGCAACCACUUAAAGGAAAAUUCCAUCUAAGGCAGCGCAAUCGCUGCAUCUGAUCGCCAACUAUAGCCUGGUGAUUUAUAAAAGUAAUAAAUUCUCAUUUUAAAAAAUAAAAAUUAAAAAA